ACGCGCCCUUCCCCACCAGUCAUGGCAAAGACAUGUGGUCACGAGAUCCUCCGGGGCUGUAUUAAGUGUGCCAUUUGGGUGGAUGAGAGGAUGAUUGAACUCGUGUUUGCCUGGAUGUAGAGGAGGAAAAAACGGCACUUGCUGCAAAUCCAAAAACGCUUCUUCAGCGGACGCACAGUGUAAGAGCAACCAGGUCAGGAUGUCUGAGGAAGCUGUGGAGGAAGUUCUAGAGGAAGUUAUAGAGGAAGAAGAAGUUGAAGAAGUCGUAGUGGAGGAGGUGGUGGAGGAAGAAGAAGCUCCACCUGGAGUAGAAGAGCCUCCGGUCUCCACUGCUGAAGAGCCUGCAGAAGAAGAGGCUCCAGCUGCAGAUGAAGAGGCUCCAGCUGCAGAUGAAGAGGCACCAGCUGCAGAUGAAGAUGAAUCCCGGCCCAAACCAAAGGCUUUUGCUCCAACGAUAGCCGUGCCAAAGAUACCAGAGGGAGAAAAGGUUGACUUCGACGACAUCCACAGGAAGCGUCAGGAGAAGGACCUGACUGAGCUGCAAUCCCUGAUCGAGGCCCACUUCAUUCAGAGGAAGAAGGACGAGGAGGAGCUCAUCGCUCUUGUUAACAGGAUUGAGAAGCGUCGUGCUGAGAGGGCUGAACAGCAGAGGAUCCGCACUGAGCAGGAGAAGGAGAGGCAGGCUCGUCUUGUUGAAGAAAAAGAGAGGAAAGAACAGGAGGAAGCUCGUAAGAAGCAUGAUGAGGACACCAAGAAGAAAAAGGCCCUGACUAAUAUGACCCAACAAUACGGCGGUCAGCAAAGGCAAGACGGAAAGAAGGGAGCGAAGAAGCAGACGGAGAGAGAAAAGAAGAGAAAGAUCCUGGCAGAGAGGAAGAAGCCGCUCACCAUUGACCAUCUCAAUGAGGAAAAGCUGAAGGAGAAGGCCAGUGAACUGUGGCAGUGGCUGAUGAUGCUGGAGGCUGAAAAGUUUGACUACACUGAGACGCUAAAGAGACAGAAGUAUGAUAUCAAUCUGCUCCAGAAUCGAGUUCAGGCCUCCCAGAGCGCCAAAGGAAGAGGCAAGGCCAAAGGCAGGGUGAGAUAGAUGGGCUCAACCCCCCCAGAUCUCAGAAGAGACGCCUGAACACGAGCAAGCAGCGUCCUUCAAGAGACCGAACUAAAGAGACUUUUAUGCCGUGUGUGGUUGUGAUGCAUUUUCAUUCAAAUCAAGCAAAUGGCAAUAAAAUACCUCUUUAUUCUUUUAGGAGCCAUACACACAUUGCACAUCUAGUAGCCAAUGUAAACCUGAAUAACAAUAAAUAAAGCUGAUGGCAACAGUGACCUGCUGUACAACAUGA